AUGUUCAUCAUCAACAACGAUGAGCGGGCGAGGUGGAAGAUCACCAGCCGGCUACAACAGAAGCGGUUGUUGAUAGCUAUUAAUUUUCUUGCUGGACUUGCUAUCUUCUUCUUUGGCUACGACCAAGGCAUGAUGGGCGGAGUCAACGACUCCGCAGCAUAUGUCAAUCGGAUGGGACUGGGAUACGUGAGCAAUGGCUCAGUGACGGUGACCAAUACUCUGUUACAAGGAGGCAUCGUCUCGGCGUACUACCUCGGGACUCUGGUCGGAUGUUUCAUCGGGGGAUACCUUAGUGAUCGGUACGGCCGGAUCAAGUCCCUCGGCUUCGGAGCGGCUUGGGGGAUAGUCGGUGCCGCGUUACAAUGCACGGCCAUGAAUUCCCCGUGGAUGAUCGUGUCACGUCUGAUCAACGGUAUCGGGACCGGCGUGCUGAACGCCACCGUUCCCGUGUAUGGCUCCGAACUUGCCGACUACGAGUCUCGUGGCCAGUUCAUCGCUAUGGAGUUCACGUUGAACAUCGCUGGCGUGGCGGUCGCUUACUGGUUGGGUUUCGGACUGAGUUAUAUCAACGACGGACAAUCCGACUUUCAAUGGCGAUUCCCAAUUGCCUUCCAGAUCGUGUUCCUGCUCUUCCUUGUCACGGGAUGCUGGGUAUUCCCAGAGUCUCCUCGUUGGCUGUGCAUGGUUGGACGUCGCGAUGAAGCACUCUAUGUACUGCAGCGUCUGCGAGGCACUGAAAAUGACGGUGCAGCGAUGCGGGAGAUGCGUGAGAUUGAAGCGAGUGUUGACAUGGAGAAGGAAUCAGGCGAUAUCACGUACUUUCAUAUGCUGUUUGGACUCGGCAAAGAGGAUUUGCACAUUGCUCGACGGGUGCAGUUGGUCAUCUGGUUGCAGAUCCUGCAGAGCUGGUCAGGUAUAGCCGGAGUCACCAUGUACGCACCUACGAUCUUCCAAAUUGCCGGGUUCGACUCCCAUAAAACGAUGUGGAUCUCAGGGCUGAAUGACAUCUUCUACGCCCUGGCUACCCUGGUGUGUGUCUUUACUUUAGACCGCGUCGGCCGUCGCUGGACCCUCUGGUGGGGAGCGGCCGGUCAAGCGAUUGCCAUGUUCCUGGCAGGAGGACUAGCCCAAGGAGGGCUGAGCCAUCCUGACAACCAAGGGCCGUGGGGUAUUGCCGCCACCUCCAUGGUGUAUCUGUAUACUUUCAUCUUCGGUGCAACCUGGCUCACAGUUCCGUGGCUAUAUCCAGCGGAGAUCUUCCCGCUUAAAGUCCGCGCCAAGGGCAAUGCAUGGGGAGUGGUAGGCUGGAGUUUGGGAAAUGGGUCACUCACUCUAGCCCUUCCGUACAUUUUCGCCUCCAUCGGCGCCAAUACAUUGCAUGUCUUCGGAGCUGUCAACCUCAUUUCAAUCCCAAUUGUAUGGGCACUCUACCCCGAAUCCAGCCGACGCACCCUCGAGGAAAUCGAUCUGCUCUUUGCAGCCAAAUCUCCCUGGGUCUGGACAGCAGAGGCGAAUUUCAAGGCUCUUUUGGCGGAGAAUCCAGCUCUCGGUGUACUACUAGAGCAAUCAAGAGGCUAG